AUGGUAUUAGUACAAGCGCUAUCGUUUUUUUGUGGUGCGACGCAGAAUGUGUUAUGUGACGACUCUUGUUUAACUCAACUCAGGCGUCUGGCAGCAAAAACUGAAUGUACGAAGCGAACAUCGCAUGUGAAGUUCUUCUCGGUUUAUAUAGAUUGUAAUCCAGAGAGUGAAAGCACGUUAUGGUCAUGUGAUGCUAUAGUAGAAUUUCGGCUACUGUCUCAACGUCCUGAUGUGACCGAUUUUUCACGGCAGUUUACGAACAAGUUCAACUUCAAUUCAAACAACUGGGGAUUUCCAUCAUUUAUGGAGUGGGGAGAUAUUCUGAACGCUGACAAAGGAUAUGUGAAAGGUGAUCGAGUAGUGGUUGAAGCGCGAAUCACCGUUCAAAAAGUGGUUGGAGUUAGGAAGAAUCCUUGUUUUGAUUUCUUAUCUCAAGAGCCGCACACAUCGGAUGCCGUUCUUGUAAUUGAUGGUACCAAACUACACGUUAGCAAGACUUAUCUCUCCCUAUAUUCGCCCGUCUUCUAUGCUCUGUUCUUCGGCAAAUUCAGCGAACGAGAGAAACGUGAGAUUGCUGUAGAAGAUGUGAUUCUAGAGGAAUUCAUCGAAUUGCUCAAUGUCGUUUAUCCCAGUCACAAACCAAUUUCCAGUGAGUUUACGUCCAGUUAUCUUUGCUUGAAGAGUAUUCAUUCUUAGUA